AGCACGCUCCACACGCAGCGAACACGGCGCGCAAGGCUUCAACUUUACACACGCACCGAGCAACAAAGUUUGCAACCAUGCCGAGAUCUUUUCUUGUGGAUUCCUUGAUUUUAAGGGAGGCCAACGACAAGGGGAGCGAGAACCACCCACCUUUAUUCCCGUAUGCCGUGCACUCGCCGCACCACCCGCACGGGCUCCCGGGCUCCUGCCACUCCAGGAAAGCCGGGCUGCUGUGCUUCUGUCCGCUGUGCAUGGCCGCGUCCCAGCUCCACCCGUCUCCACCGUCACUGCCGCUCCUCAAGGCAUCCUUUUCUCCCUUCAGCUCGCAGUACUGCCACUCGGCUCUGUCCAGGCAACACGCCUCAUCCAACGGCGUCAACCUCAGCCACGCACCGGGGAUAUACCAAGCUGCGUACUCGGUGCCAGACCCGCGCCAGUUCCACUGCAUCUCUAUCGAAAACAGCAACAGCAAACUUCAGAGCAGUAAGCGCAUGCGCACCGCCUUCACGAGCACGCAACUUUUGGAACUGGAGCGCGAGUUCACCUCCAACAUGUACCUCUCCAGACUGAGGCGCAUUGAGAUCGCCACGUACCUGAACUUGUCCGAGAAACAGGUGAAAAUCUGGUUCCAGAACCGCAGAGUGAAGCACAAAAAGGAGGGAAAGAGCAGCGGCCAAAGGACUGGAUCACAUAACUGCAAGUGUUCGUCCCUGUCAACGGCGAGAUGCUCGGAGGAAGAGGAGGAUGACAUUCCCAUAUCCCCGUCCUCGUCCGAAAAGGAGGAUGCAGACCUGUCCGUCUCCCCCUGA